GGUCCUCUUUGCUCCUGUUGUCUCCCCAGCCAGUCUGUCUACUCCUCUCAUCACGUCUGCUUAAGAGUUAGUGGAGCUGCUGUGAGACGCUGCAACCAUGGCUGCGACUGGAUCUUUCCGUAUGGUGUCAGAGGAGGAGCAGGCCAUGAGGGCAAAGCUGGAGCAUCUGACAGUGAAGGAUCAUGGGCCGGUGUUUGGGCCUUGCCACAAACUGCCUGGUCACACCAUACAGAAGGCGAAGGAUGAGCUAAAUGAGACGGACGACAGGCGGACAUCAUCCCUGAAGGAGCUGCGGGCCAUGAUGAAGGACCGAGCAGCAGAGGGGGACGAGCUGGCCAAACUGGUUCUAGAGCGCUUCGGGGACAAACCAGACUCUCUGCUGCUGCGUUUCCUCAGAGCUCGCAAGUUUGACGUGGUUAGAGCCCACGACCUCAUGAAGGGUUAUGUGCACUUCAGGAAGGAGUAUCCCGAGCUGUUUGAGAACAUGACCCCUGAGGCAGUCCGCAGCACAAUCGAGGCCGGUUACCCCGUGGUCCUACCCAGUCGGGACAGGUACGGCCGCGCUGUCCUGCUCUUCAACAUCGAGAACUGGGACCUGGAAGAGAUCACGUUUGAUGAGAUCUUAAGAGCGUACUGUGUCAUCCUGGAGAAGCUCCUGGAGAAUGAAGAGACCCAGAUAAACGGCUUCGUCCUGAUUGAGAAUUUCAAAGGCUUCACCAUGCAGCACGCCUCAGGGAUCAAACCGGCGGAGCUGAAGAAGAUGGUGGACAUGCUGCAGGACUCUUUCCCCGCUCGUUUCAAAGCUGUCCACGUCACCCACCAGCCGUGGUACUUCACCACCACAUACAACGUGGUCAAACCCUUCAUGAAGAGCAAGCUGCUGGAGAGGGUUUUCGUCCACGGGGAUGAGCUGGACAACUACAUGAAAGAAUUUGAUGCAGACAUCCUGCCUUCAGACUUUGACGGGAAAGCGCCCGUCACCGACUACCAGGCCAUUGCCACCAAGCUUUUUGGCUCUGAGGACACCGCCCUCUGAGAGACAGUCCUCCCAUUUCUAGGCGUUAUAGUGUCCUUCACCCUAGAUGCUUCUCACUGAUCAGAACAGACAUGCGGUUUCUUCUGAAGAUAGGUUGACAUUUUUAAUAUUAUUCAGGAAGUUCCUUUGAGCAAAUAAGAAGUAUAUAAUGUUAGGAGCAGGGGUUGGUUUGCAAACAAGUAAUAUAUGUGACAUAAAUGGAAGAAAAAAGGAUGUGUAGACUUAACAGAAAGAAUAAGUGACGGUAAAUGACUCUUACUUUACUGUGCUGACUUUUCUUGUUUCUUUAGGAGCAGAGGGAAAAUGAGGGAGUCGAUAAUGUAGCUCAUUUACUGAACGAGAUGGACUAGUUGGAGUUCUUUGCCUUGAAAAUAUUUUCACAGAAUUCAGAACAGCCAUGUGCCUAUUUUUCUGGUAAAUGAGAGCAGAAGUGUUUCACAGAGUCAGGGCGAGUUUUCAGAAGAUAUGAAGAAGGAAAGCUGGUAAUGGAUACGUCUGCAUUUGAUUAUUGUAAAAAGGAGUGGGAGCCUCCUGAUGCAGUAGAUCCACACUGCAGCCAGCACUGGGAUGAAAAUGUUCAA